AUGGAAUCCCAGUCGAAGAUAUCUACGUAUUCAGUCUCAUCCUCCGCCGACAUCAACAACGACCCACUGGAGAACAUCCUGCGUACUCGGUCCGGCAAUGGGACCGUGCACAGUCCACCAGAGCAAUCAAAUGGGGGAGCUCACUUGAAGCCUGUUUCGGCUCGUUUGGAAAGCGAAACUUCGUCAGUGCUUUCUAGGUCAGCUGUUUGCCCCUCCACCCCCCUAUUUCACUCCUCGCCGCCGGUGGGAGGGACGGAAGGAAAUAAUGGGGGCGAUUCUGACCUUUGCUGUGUUAGUGGACGAAGCACUCCGAUUCCUGAAGACGCACCCCCGAGUGCCCACUCACUACAGCAUGCCCGCCGGGAACGCCGGCGGCGAAUGUUCCCAACCGUGGACUACGAGAGCCGCGUCUCACAUUUCGACCCCCAGUCGCAGCAUCGUGACUUCCGGGGGUUCUUUACGCUGUUUUGGAUCGGACUGUUCAUUAUGGUGCUUACCACAGCGUUGAGGAAUCUUAAGGAUACCCGUAGGGUGCUGAGGACUUCAAUCUUUAGCAUGUUUACCAAGGCCCCGUUGGAGCUUGCUGUUGCCGAUCUGUUCAUGUUUUUGAGCACGAUUGUUUGUUUACCAUUGCAACAGGCAUUCUCGACUGACAAGUGGUCUUGGGGUAGGAGUGGGUAUGUGCUUCAACACGUGCUGCAGGCGGUCUGGUUGACGGUCUGGGUAUAUCUCCCAUUUCAUCUGGAGUGGCAAUGGUAUGGCAGUAUUACUUGGCGCUGAGGGAGAUAUUUCGGGGGUUAACACGGGAUGGCAGGACUCAUCAGGUUUUUUUUACGCUUCACUCUCUCACUAUGCUCAUGAAGGUUUAAGGCCCUUUCUCCUACCCCUCGGAGUAGGGUACUGAUUGUGGCUUAGAUGCACUCGUAUUCGUUCUACUGUGGACAUCUUUCGGAGUGCCACAAGAGGCUCCGGGCUCUCGACGAGAAUAACACAAAGGUGGAACCGGCUGAAGAUGCAGACCUCCGCGAAACGUUAGCUUUUGAGGUCACUUGCCCUUCUGGAAGAGUGACCUAUCCCAAGAACCUCACCUUGUACAAUUUCGUCGACUACCUCUUCUGUCCGACCUUAUGCUAUGAAUUGAGCUACCCCCGGACUGAUCAGUUUGUGGCCAACCCCGUGGAUAGCAUAUAGCGCGGCUAAUCUCUGGAAUAGUGUUCGUUGGGGUAAGGUUGCUGAAAAGGCCGCCGCUGUGUUUGGUUGCAUUUUUCUACUUACCGUGACGAGCGAGGAGUUUAUUUUGCCAAUUGUGGAGUUCCCACCCAUGUCCUCCUGGUAUCCUUUCGCUGAUUUGGGAUUGUAGAUGGCUGAAGCCGCUACUCGGCUGGAGAGUGUUGAUGCUUAUCCGGAUAUGGCCUUGAUUUUGCUGGAGAGCAUUAGUCUGCUAUUGUUCCCGUUUAUGGUCACCUUCCUUUUGGUGUUCCUGGUGAUAUUUGAGUACGUGCUUGGAGCAUUCGCGGAGAUUACCUGCUUUGCCGAUAGGCAUUUUUAUUCUGAUUGGUGGUAUGUUCACCAUUGAGUAGGUUUCCUAAAGAAUUGUUUAAUGACUUUCGAUCAGGAACUCCACCGAUUGGCUCGAGUUCUCCCGGGAAUGGAACAUCCCUGUUCACCGCUUCCUCCAGCGUCAUGUCUAUGGCGCUUCCCGCCGUCACAUGUCUCGCCCUAUAGCCACACUUACCACCUUCCUGAUAUCAGCACUUGCUCAUGAACUUGUCAUGUUCUGCAUUACUAAGAAACUCCGCGGUUAUGGUUUUGUGUGCCAGAUGCUGCAAUUACCCAUAAUCGUCGUGCAGAGGACAGAGUUCAUGAAGAGCCAGAAGAUGUUUAACAACAUCAUGUUCUGGUCGUCGAUGAUUUGGGGGCUCUCAAUGGUAUGGGUCCCUUACAUCCCACGCUGGAGAUUGGGCUAACAAUAAUGGCGGGAUAUAGAUCAGUGCACUAUACGUGCUAAUUUAGGCAUUCAUGGGGUUUCUUUAGUUGGCAGUGCACGAAGAGUUGGUAGUGUAG